GCUCUGCUUUUCUCUUCGGUUAUAACUUACAAACAAGAGUUGGCUUAAGUCGAUUCCAAAUAAGUAGGAUCUAUUUCAUAACACUUGUGUAUUCGUUUUUUAAAGAAAUGGAUAAAAUUGUCCGGCGAACGCUUCUGUCUGCUGGUCGACCUUCAAUGAAUUGUUUUCGCAAUUUUGCUGAUGUUGUUCCUCAAAGCAAUAAUUUAGUCAACACGGAUCGUUCCGAUUUAAAUGAACAGGAGAUGUCCCACAAAGAGUCCAACAAUAAGUCCUUGUCAGGAUUUGGAAAAGCCUUCACAAAGUUUUCAAAGUUAACAAAUAAAUCCUCAUUAGAUGAACCUGAUGUAAAAUUCGCUACAUUAUUAAGACACUCUAAACUCAUUCAGUUAGGAGAUCCUCAAGGGAAAAUUGUUGAAGGUAAAAUAUUCCAAGUAGUUGGUAAUGAUCUGUAUAUAGACUUUGGGGGGAAAUUCCACUGUGUUUGUUCAAAACCAAAUACAAAUGAAAGCGAAUAUGUUAGGGGUUCUAGAGUUCGACUGCGUCUUCAAGAAUUAGAACUAUCCACGAAGUUCUUAGGAGCAAGUCAAGAGCUAACUCUCCGUGAAGCAGACGCUCUUUUACUAGGGCUUGCGCGUACUUCUGGUCGGAAGGCAAUAUGAAGAAUUAAAUUAUUAAUUUGUUCGGCUAUGUAGUAGUCCUGAAAAUAAAAACAAGUUUGCUUUUUUCA